CCGGUGCCGCCGCCGCCGCUGCCGCCGCCGGGUGGUCCCGGGCUCCGCCAUGGCCUCGAACUGCGCGGGGGGCUCGUCGGCGGGGAGCGCGGGGGCCACGCCGGGCUCGGCCCUCAGCGCCAGCAAGACCAAAACCAAGAAGAAACACUUCGUGUGCCAGAAGGUGAAGCUGUUCCGGGCCUCCGAGCCGCUGCUCAGCGUCCUCAUGUGGGGAGCCAACCACACGAUCAAUGAACUCAGCAACGUCCCCGUCCCUGUCAUGCUAAUGCCUGAUGACUUCAAAGCCUACAGCAAGAUCAAGGUGGACAAUCACCUCUUCAACAAGGAGAACUUGCCAAGUCGUUUCAAGUUCAAGGAGUAUUGCCCUCUGGUCUUCAGGAACCUCAGGGAGAGGUUUGGCAUUGAUGACCAAGACUACCAGAACUCGGUGACUCGCAGUGCCCCAGUGAACAGCGACAGGCAGGGCCGCUGCGGCGCUCGCUUCCUCACCACCUACGACAGGAGGUUUGUCAUCAAGGCAGUGUCCAGCGAGGAUGUAGCUGAGAUGCACAACAUCUUAAAGAAGUACCACCAGUUCAUAGUGGAGUGCCAUGGCAACACCCUGCUGCCCCAGUUCCUGGGCAUGUACAGGCUCACAGUGGAUGGAGUGGAAACCUACCUGGUGGUCACCAGGAAUGUCUUCAGCCACAGGCUGACUGUGCACAGGAAAUACGACCUGAAGGGCUCAACAGUAUCCAGGGAAGCAAGUGACAAAGAGAAGGCCAAGGAUCUGCCAACCUUCAAGGACAAUGACUUCUUGAAUGAGGGGCAGAAGCUGCACGUUGGAGAAGAGAGCAAAAAGAACUUCCUUGAGAAGCUGAAACGAGAUGUGGAGUUUUUAGCCCAGCUGAAGAUCAUGGACUACAGCUUGCUGGUUGGCAUCCACGAUGUGGACCGAGCAGAGCAGGAAGAGAUGGAAGUGGAGGACCGUGCAGAGGAUGAGGAGUGUGAAAAUGAUGGGCUGGGAGGCAACCCCAUCUCCUCCUAUGGCACCCCCCCUGACAGCCCUGGCAACCUCCUCAACUACCCUCGCUUCUUCGGCCCGGGGGAGUUCGACCCUUCCAUGGAUGUCUAUGCCAUGAAGAGCCAUGACAGUGCCCCCAGGAAGGAGGUGUACUUCAUGGCCAUCAUAGACAUCCUGACGCCCUACGACGCCAAGAAGAAAGCUGCUCACGCUGCCAAGACAGUGAAGCAUGGGGCUGGGGCAGAGAUCUCCACUGUCAACCCCGAGCAGUACUCGAAACGCUUCAACGAAUUUAUCUCCAACAUCCUGACAUAGUCUGCAGCCUUCAGCCAGAGAUGAAGAAGAAGAGGAAGAGGAGGAGGAGGAGGAGGAGGGCUUACUUCCAGACAGAGAACGCAGCCUGUGACACUCAAACAGACACUGUAGCAGCACGUGGGGUGUGCAUGGGGGUGUGUGUGUGUGUGCGUGGGUGGGGAUGUGAGAGUGCCAGGGUCCAGCCUGCGUGUGGCACUGGUGUGACGCUUCAGAGACACCACAACAACCACGACAGCCGACGGGGAAAGAAAACCAGACCUCAUUCUAGGUGCAGCCUCCAGCAGUCCACUUGAGCCAGGUGGAGGAAGUGGAGUUUUUAUGUUACAGAAGUGCCCAAACAGCCGUGGGGGUUUUUGGGAGGGCUUUUUAAAACCCAAGCUAAGUGCAUUCUUUCAGCACUGCUCUUUCUAAACCACCCUCUCCUCCUCCUCCUCCUCUCCCUCUCGCCCUCCCCUCAUCCCCACCCACAGAUGUGGUGCUGGCCUGAAGGGUGAGCAGUGCUGGGGGGGGACAGGCAGCGGCAGCAGUGCCUGAUGGCCACAAGCUACCGCUCCUGGGGUUGGUUUCCUUUGGUUUUAAGACCAGAAAGCCCUUCUUUGUUUUCUCUCCUCUUUCACUCUUUCUCCUCUCUUCCCUUUCUUCCCUUUCUUCCCUUUCUUCCCUUUCUUCCCUUUCUUCCCUUUCUUCCCUUUCUUCCCUUUCUUCCCUUUCUUCCCUUUCUUCCCUUUCUUCCCUUUCUUCCCUUUCUUCCCUUUCUUCCCUUUCUUCCCUUUCUUCCCUUUCUUCCCUUUCUUCCCUCUCCUCUCCUCUCCUCUCCUCUCCUCUCCUCUCCUCUCCUCUCCUCUCCUCUCCUCUCCUCUCCUCUCCUCUCCUCUCCUCUCCUCUC